CCGAAGGGCAACACCAGAGCGCGGAACAAAGCUGGCCCCGCCCCUGCACUCCGGACCAAUGAGAAUCCGCUGUGAGAAGGAGGCGGGGCUCCGCCGGGCUCCGAGGACGGUCAGAGUCAGAGCGCUUCAGCCGCGGCGCGAGACCGUCGCGAGCGAGACCGGUCGCUCCGUAAAGACCGCCUUAUGAUCGCUGUCUCUACUAUUAUCACUAAUAUCGCUGUUAAUAUCCCGUAGGCUGGACCACCGCGGCAGGAUGGGCUGAGCUCGCACGCGCGCGCUGGAUUACCCUCGUCAUUUCUGUGACGGCGAGCGUCGCGAGACUGUCAGGAUGGGCUGCCGCGCGCGCUGAGCCCCUAAUUAAAGCUUGUUGAAAACUCGCGAAGUGCGACCGCAUGGCUGAGCGCGCGGCCGCAGGCGCGAGCGCGCCCGGGCCGGCCAGCAGGUGCUGGUCUCGCGCCGCAGGUGAGGUGGCGCACGUGUGGUCGCACCUGGCCCGCACGCUCGUGCUCGUGUUCCCGGUGUACGCGCUCGGGUACCUGGAGCUGAGCGCGUGCUGGCUGCUGCUGGGGCUCGCGCUGCUCUUCAUGUGGAGGAGGAGGAGGAGAGCGCGCAGGAGCGAGCGAGCGCGGCGCGAGGCGGAGGGCGGAGAGCGCGCGGAGGAGCACUGCGAGCUGCCCGCCUGGGUUCACUUCCCAGAUGUGGAGAGGGUGGAGUGGUUAAACAAGACGGUGAAGCAGAUGUGGCCGUAUGUGUGCCAGUUUGUGGAGAAACUCUUUAGGGAGACCAUCGAGCCGGCGGUGAAAGGAGCCAACUCCCACCUCAGCACCUUCACCUUCACCAAGAUAGAUCUGGGGGAUAAGCCUCUCAGGGUAAACGGGGUGAAAGUUUACACCGAGAACGUGGACAAACGGCAGAUCAUAAUGGACCUCCAGAUCAGUUUCGUUGCAAACACAGAGAUUGACGUGGACAUUAAGAGAUACUACUGCAAAGCUGGGAUUAAGAGCAUCCAGCUCCACGGGGUCUUGCGGGUGGUCCUGGAGCCGCUGCUGGCUGAGAUGCCGCUGGUUGGUGCUUUCUCCCUCUUCUUCCUCAAGAAGCCGCUCGUGGACAUCAGCUGGACUGGCCUCACUAACAUUUUGGACAUCCCUGGUCUAAAUGGUUUUUCAGACAGCGUGAUCCAGGACAUCAUCUACAGCUACCUGGUGCUGCCCAACAGAAUCACUAUACCACUGGUGGGCGAUGUGGAGCUCUCACAGCUCCGCUUCCCCAUGCCUAAGGGCGUAUUGAGGAUUCACUUUCUCGAGGCUCAGGAUCUGGAGGGGAAGGAUAAGUUCCUCGGCGGUCUGAUUAAAGGAAAAUCUGACCCGUACGGAGUCCUGCAUGUGGCCAACCAGCUCUUCCAGAGCAAAACCAUCAAGGAAUGUCUGAACCCAAAGUGGAACGAGGUGUUUGAGGCAAUGGUGUAUGAGCAUUCUGGACAGCAUCUGGAGAUCGAGCUGUUUGAUGAAGACCCAGACAAAGAUGACUUCUUGGGCAGUCUGAUGAUUGACCUGACGGAGCUUCAUAAGGAGCUGAAGGUUGACGAGUGGUUUGAUCUGGAGGAGGUCUCCAGUGGGAAGCUGCAUCUGAGGCUGGAGUGGCUCUCUCUGCACUCGGAUGCUGAGAAACUAGAUCAGGCUCUGAGGAGUAUGAGGAAUAAUGACAGUCUGUCUUCUGCUCUGCUGGUUGUUCAUCUGGACUCAGCCCGGAAUCUGCCGAGCGAGCAGCUUGAGUUUAACGGCGAAGCUCCGAAACACCCCUACAGAGGUUUGCUGAAGUCUGGGAGGAAAGUGAACAGUGAUCCGAGUCCAUACGUUCAGUUAACGGUGGGGCAAAAGACCUACGAGAGCAAGGUGCGGUAUAGGACAUGUGAGCCGCUGUGGGAGGAAGCGUUUUCAUUCCUGGUUCACAACCCCCGCACUCAGGAACUGCAGGUGGAGGUGCGGGAUGAUAAACACAAGUGCAUGCUGGGUAGCGUGCGAGUGCCGCUGGCAGGUCUCCUAGCGGACGAGGAAAUGACUCUGACUCAGCAGUUUCCCCUCAGCAACUCCGGCCCCAGCAGCAGCCUCAAACUGAAGCUGGCACUCCGGAUACUUUGCCUGGAGAAGGAAACCGCCUCCGGCCGGCCGUCCGCCGUCCAGGUCCGACGCGCCAGCCAGUGCGUCUCCAGUGUGACCGCCCCGCCUCAGUCCAGCACAGCAAACUCGACCUCCACAACCACACACUCUGUACAAACACGCACACGUACACCUCUCCCAGCCUCCUGCACCCCUUCCCCCACUGCACCCCUCGGCGCCCCCCAGGGGCAGAGGGGCUCAGAUGGGUCUCCGGUGCGCCUCGCCCAGACCGGCCGCAGCACAUCCAGCUCGGGUCUGAGCAGCCUGACGAGACAGCAGCAGAACCACAGAGACUCCACGCACAGCCUGGCCUCAGACACAUCUCUACCCUCAGCCACGCUGGAGCUGCAGCACAGACUCACGCAGCUGCAGAAUGGUUCAGCGUCUGCGCAGUAUCCUCUCGGUGAAGUGCAGCUGACCAUCAGGCACAGCUCUCACAGGAACAAACUCAUCGUGGUGGUCCACGCCUGCCGCAACCUGAUAGCUCUGGGGAAGGACAGCUCGGACCCCUACAUCCGCCUCUACCUGCUUCCAGACAAGAGCCGGAGCGGACGCAGGAAAACCAGCACCAUGAGGAAAACCCUCAACCCCAUCUACGACCAGUCGUUUGAGUUUAUUGUGUCGGUGGUUGAGCUGCACAGGAGAACUCUGGAUGUAGCAGUGAAGAACGGAGGGGGACUUCUGUCCAAACACAAAGGACUGCUGGGCAAAGUUCUUGUGGACUUGACAAAUGAGGACAUUUCAAGAGGAUGGACACAAUGGUACGAUCUGAACGCCAGUGGACCCUGAAGGGCAGUGUGAACGUGGCCGAUGGCGUUUUAACGCUGGGAAUAGCGCCGAGCACUGGACCAGAGAAGAGCCGGUCUACAGAAGCAGGUCAACGCUAAUGAAACCAGGCUGCUUCUACUGGGACUGGCACACAACACGCAGACACUGACGUUCCCACUGUUACAGGGGAGCCCCACUGAACUUCCCACUGUUAAAGGGGAGCCCCACUGACGAUCCCACUGUUAAAGGGGAGCCCCACUGACGUUCCCACUGUUACAGGGGAGCCCCACUGAACUUCCCACUGUUAAAGGGGAGCCCCACUGACGAUCCCACUGUUAAAGGGGAGCCCCACUGACGUUCCCACUGUUAAAGGGGAGCCCCACUGACGUUCCCACUGUUAAAGGGGAGCCCCACUGAACUUCCCACUGUUAAAGGGGAGCCCCACUGAACUUCCAAAAUAUCUGCGUAGUCAAGUCAUUCAGAGCGGUUUGGUGUGAGACGCUCCGUUCCAGAGAAACUUACAGAGGCUGAAACGUUCCCAGUGGUGGUGAUAGGAACCAGACGUCCACCUCUGAACAGCUCCCUCACCGACUGUUAUUACAUGAAAUGGCUCUGACUACACCACCACUGUAAAGACGUCUGAGUCUCUACAAUCAACCGUUUCACGCCGAACCGCCCUGAAUCGCUGCGUUUACGUUCCAACCACUGCAUUAUGGAGAAUAUUGGGACAAAUCCAGUGCGGUUCCUCUUCGGGGAAGUGGUUUGGUGAAUCCACAGAUCUACGUUUGUUUACAUUCAGCACUCAUUCAUCUAAUGAAGUCUGGCAAAUGGCACUCGCUGCAUCAAGCUAAUUAAAAAAUACACAGAAUAUAAAUACAAUAAAAAACCACACAGGAUAUAAAUCAACCACAAAAAACCUCCCUGCUGCAUCGGCUCUGCCUUGGGCUCUCAGUCGUCAAGGUCCUGUACAGAUAUAUGCACUGUUUUUGGUCAUUAUCUCAGUUUGAGAACCGCAGGGGUUUAUAAAGGCAGAUUCAGAGGAUUUUACUUUAAAAUGUGUUUGUUUUUCACCAUAAUUAUGAAAAAUGUAGCAUUAUAUCUGUAGGUUUCUGCAGAUGCUCACCAAACGGCCACUUUAUCGGAAACACCCUCCUUGUAUGUCCACUCACUGGUCAGUUUAUCCGAAACACCCACCUUGUACUUCCACCAACUGGCCACUUUAUUGGAAACCCCUACCUUAUGCUUACGCUCCCUGGCCAGUUUCUUGAAAACACCUCCCGUGUACUGACUCUCAGUGGCCACUUUAUCGGAAACCCCGGCUAGGGGGUCACUGCUAGGUUGAGAGUGGGCCGCCACCCAAAACUACGCAGACGAGAGCAGCUCUGUGGUCAGAACUACAGGUUGAACAGCACAAACUGGGCAUCAACAGACGAGUGAACACCAGCAGGAGAGGGGUUUCCGAUAAAGUGGCCAGUGGGAAUAAACUCUUUGCCAAAGAGUGGAACCUCGAAUGCACGUCUGCUGUAUAUUUUACUGGUGGGCUUUCUGCGCGUCCGCUGUGGGUUGGGCUGGGUUUUAAAGUGCUUGUCCUCCUUUAUAACUUACUGUAUGCUAAGAGACUCACUUCUGUACAGUUUUCAGCCGGAAUACUUUAUUUUCAAAGUAUCUUACUGAUCCUCACUGCACAGCAGUAGGACGGCUCCCUCGCCCGCGCCGCUGCUGGACUUCUGUCAGGGUCAGACUGGGCGACAAAGCGUUGUGAAGGCCACAGCGCAUGAACAAACGUGUGUGUGAGUUAUGUUGGUUUAAAAAGAGGGAUUGACUUUCCCUUAAUAAAAACUUCUCGGAAUGGC